AUGGGAUCCGAAACACAACUCGCAACUUCAAAGGCACCCAAAGCGCGCGUCCGCGUCGUGGAAGGAUCAUGCUGGCCCUGCAAAAAGCGCCGUAUCAAGUGCGACCUCGCUAAGCCAACCUGCUCACGUUGCGUCAAAGUUGGCGCAACGUGUGACUACAACCAGCGCCUUAUCCGCUGGAGCACUCGGCCGGCCGUCACGGUGCCGGCCAUCUACCAGAUCUCUACAGCAGAUGAGCAACUUGUCGCGUCACUCGCUGUCUAUGAAAAGCGUUCCCUGGAUUACUUCCACGGUCGAUUCUGGCCAUUACUGACAACGUCGACAAAACCAUGUGCCCCACCAACUAUGGUUGCACUGCAACAUCGUGUUGUGCUUCUCGCGACGUGCGUUCUCGCUGACUCCCAUCGGUGGUUGCAAGAUGGCAGAAACAGCAAGAGCAUUCUGAACGUCAAGAGGGCUGAGUGUUUGGCUGCACUGCGGGCAGAAGUUGACGGGUGUUGUUCCAAGUCAGCCGGAUCCUUGCAGACCUUGCUGUUUGCAGUGCUGCUACUUUAUUUCCACGACGGGUUCCUCGAGUGUGCACAGACAUCGUCAUCAACAUCAAGUCACAGAGAUGGAGUGCUGGCUAUCAUUAACCAGUUGGGUGGUAUGACGGCGGUGCUAGGAACAGGCCAGGAUCCUCUCCACAUGAUGCUAUCGGAAUUUGCGACUACAGAUCUUACGAGAGCGAUAUUAACAGGCCAACCACCAUCUUUUCCACCAACAAUCUGGGAAGUGGUUGAUAGAGGACCAGUCUGGUGGGGACGAGACACGCAGGGAUACUGUUCACUAUCAACAGUGUUCCAAGAAGUGUCAAGCAUGGCUUUCUACAUCCAGUCGACGGCACGGAUGGCUGAAGAAUUCUCCAUUGAAAGGAUUCGUGUUUUCGAGGCCGCUCUUCGACCGACCUAUGCUCCUCUCGCCGUGGAGGAUGUUUCAUCCCCACGCGCUUCGCCCGUCGAUCAACCACCCAUCGAAUGCGAUAAAGAGUCAGCCCAAGCAUAUAGCCUGGUGCGCAUCUUUCAACACGCAGCACUUAUCUACCUUUACCGCGCCGUCUGUGGUCUCCCAGCGAAUCAUCCUCUCGUGCAACAACACACACAAUCUUGUCUCGACUGUAUCUUCAACAUCCGGAAACCAUCCAAGAUCCUCAACUGUGCGGUUUUGCCAAUCUGCAUAGCAGGCGCACACUCGCAAUGCCCUAAAGAACAAAAGUCUAUUCGUGCCUUGGCGGGGUUUAUAUAUGACGAGAUUCGGUUUGCGUCUGUUCAUGCGGUAAUCGCGGUGUUGGAAGAUGUUUGGAAGCGAGCGCCUAAUGAGGAGAUGACUUGGAAUGAGAUGUUUGUGAACUUGAAUGACCAGGCACUUGUGCUAUGA